AUGUCGUUCAAGGUUGAGCGGGACACAUUCCAGCAGCAAGGCGCUGCCGCCUUCCAGCAAGGUGCUUCUCAGUUCCAGACGCCACCGCCGCCGUCGUCUGCCCAGCAGCUGCUGCACCCUAUUCGGACCGCCGAGCGCGCUCUCGCCGGCCCCCCGAUUCCUGGCACCAGUGGCCAUCAUCCCAUUGCCGAAGUCGUCGGCACAGCACUGACCGGUGGCCGCCAGAAUGCCGGCACUAAGGGUUACCUUGCUACCUAUAUCAAGCAGCUGGAGGAGAACCCUCUGCGCACCAAGAUGCUCACUGCUGGCACCCUCGCCGGUACUCAGGAACUCCUUGCCUCGCGGCUAGCUAAGGACCGCAACAAGCAUGGCCACUACUUUACCUCGCGUGUGCCCAAGAUGGCUGCCUACGGUGCCCUUGUGAGCGCUCCUCUUGGCCACUUCCUCAUCUGGAUCCUGCAGAAGACGUUCAAGGGCCGCACCAGCCUGAAGGCCAAGAUCCUGCAGAUCCUUGUGAGCAACCUGCUUAUUGCUCCCAUCCAAAACACCGUCUACCUGACGGCCAUGGCCCUGAUCGCCGGUGCCCGGACGUACCACCAGGUCCGCGCUACUGUCCGCGUCGGCUUCUGGAAGGUCAUGCGCGUGACCUGGAUCACGAGCCCCAUCUGCUUGGCCUUUGCCCAGAAGUUCCUGCCCGAGAACGCCUGGGUGCCCUUCUUCAACCUGGUGUCCUUCAUCAUUGGCACGUACAUCAACACUGUCACUAAGAAGAGACGUCUUGCAGCCCUGCGCAAGAAGCACUUCGGUGACGGCUCUGGCCGCGCCGGCUCUGCCGGCGGCCGUGUUGAUGACUACCCGCCGCCGCCCACGCUUGGCGGCCAGAACCCCCAGUACUAA